AUGUCAGAUCAUUGCGAAGAGCAAGAAAUGGAACAAGAGGCACUAGAGGCCAUCUUUGACACAGACUUGGAGGUUGUCUCGGGAGAGCAACCCUUCAAAUGGGCCGUAUCCAUUUGGCCGGAACAGCACUCUCCGGAUGAGAACCACGUUGGCAUCAAGUUGAUUUCCAGCAUUCCACUGGAUUAUCCCGAAAUGUCGCUACCAGAAUUUGAUAUUGAAAUGCUCAAGGGAUUGACGGACGAGCACAAGGGAGAAUUGCUACUAAUGGCGAAGGACGAAGCCGAAGCCAACAUGGGCAUGCCUGUGGUCUUUGCCGUCUGUGAAAAGCUAAGAGAAUGGCUGGCGGAAAAUAACGUCAAGGGAAUGGACGACAUUUCCAUGUAUGCUCAAAUGAUGCGGAGAGAGAAGGAAGCGGAGAAACAAGCGCAUCAAAAGAAACAGGAAUAUGAAUCUCAAAAGGAAGUCGAAGAAAUGACGGAGGCUGAAGCAGAACAAUUGGCCGUCCAAAAACGACGAGCCGAAGGUACUCCUUGCAACAAGGAAAACUUUUUGGCUUGGAAGGAACGGUUCGAAGCGGAACUGUCCCGAAAGGAAGAAGAAAAGGCCCUGGCCGAAAACGAUUCCGGCUCCAAAAAGAAGAACAAGGGCGAAAAGGUGGUCGACAAGACAGGCCGAAUAACGGGAUUCUUGCACUUUAUUGACAAGGCAGACACAAUUGACAUGGAAGCUUUUGAAGCAGCUGCUGAUAAUGCUCAAGUGGAUGAGGACGAAGAAUUGGACGUGGACGAUGAGGAAUUGUUCGAUAUGGACGAUGGUGAUUUGGAGGAUUUGGACUUUGAAGAUGAUGACGACGACGACGACGACGAUGAUGACGAUGAUGAACCAGAUAUUUAA